AUGAUUGAGAUAACAGCUAACGAUCGUCUGGGAAAGAAGGUGCGGGUUAAGUGCAACCCAACCGACACCAUUGGAGACUUGAAGAAGUUGAUAGCAGCACAAACAGGGACAAAAUGGGAUCGAAUAAUUCUCAAGAAAUGGUACAACGUUUACAAGGAUCCUGUUACUUUGGCGGACUACGAAAUUAAAGAUGGAAUGAACCUGGAACUUUAUUACAAAUAA